AUGGAUGCAAAACAGGAUACAGUUAGGAUAAAAAAAGAACCUAAUGAUAGUUGGUCAGAUGUAGACAACGAAGAUAAUUUUGAUUCAGUGGACUCGUUCAAAACCGAAAAAUUUCCGUUUUAUAAAUUAGCAGCCAACAAGAUAAAGGAAGGUACGUCUAAAUACGAAAAAUCAGAUGAAAAAAUAUUUAUAGAUUUUGAGUGUAAAGAUGUGAAACCUGAAACGAGGUCUUCAUCGACCACCAUCUGCAAAUCUGAGGAUAAAAAUGACUUACCUAUUGUGAAAAUAGAAAACCAAAUUCAGACAAAUUACUUAAAUGAAAAAAAGGUCAUAAUUUUAAUUAAAAAAGGAUUUAAUUACGAUAACAACUAUCGAUUUCAAGAAAUUGAUCAAUUGAAGCUUGAUGAAUCCGAUAAAGUAAAAAUAUUUAAAAAAAGAACUGAAACUAAAUUAUCUUUGUGCAGAAAAAUUUAUAAAGGAAAAGUGAGUCUACAAGCACAUAUUGAUACAACACAUAAGAACAUUAGACCACUACAUAAUCGAAGCAAACCCGUUGAGUGUGGAAUUUGUCACAAAUCAUUUGGAUACCGGAACACACUCAAGAGCCACAAAUUAAUAGCUCAUAAUCUUGGCAUUCCUAUCAAAUGUGAAAUUUGUCACAAAUCAUUUAGAGUAAAACAGAACCUCAAAAAUCAUAUUGAUACAAUACAGUUCAUGAUCGCAGCAAAUCUUUUCAGUGUGAAAUUUGCCAUAAAUCAUUUGGAUAUCAGAAUGAACUCAAAAGCCACAAAUUAA